AUGUCUUUGCUUGGUCCCCAACUCGAGACAAAUCCAGUGCGGCCCUGCUGGGUCUGCAAAACCACCAGUGACUUACCGCCGGCCUGGCAUUUUACCACCAACCCCGCUGAGCAGCCCGCCAGAGCAUCGGAUGGUGCUCUCAAGGGGCUCGAGGACUGGCUCCAUCGUCUGUCCGAGGUCUGUUUCCGGCAGGUCCACGUCCGCCACGACGGUGUGAGCCGGUCCGCUGCAAUUGACCUGGCGGCCGGCUGGGAUCGACAGAGGUCGUCCUUGCCAGCACGGCGAGGAUUGCCUGCCAUCUCCCAACCCGCCAACCGCGUGCCUGUUCGUUCGCCCCGAGGAUGUUGCCUCCGGACGCGGGCACCAGGGGCGGCGCGUGGUUCGUCGGCGCCCGCGUACUAA